UGCACUCCGUCGCCCGUCUCUUCAUGGUCACGCACAGGGAAGCAAUGCGCCGGAUGCCGCACCGACAACAUCAAUAACAUCACCAUCAUCUUGGGCACUAUCAGCUGCGGCGUGGUUUCAACCGCAGCUCGCCCUCCUACCGCAGCGCCGCGCCGCCUCCACUGACAUCUACCAAACCAUUCUCUCGUAUUCGUCACUCCACUUGCUCGACAGGCCGUUUCAAAGAAACAAGAUGCUCGAUGCCGCCCACUUCCCACAUCUUGUCGACCUCGUCUUUGCCCAUGCUGAGAGUGCCGCACUCCUCACUCUCCGACGCUGCAGUCGCGACUUCUGCACGCGCGCCGAUGCCCGUCUCAUGUACCACAUCCGGGUGACGUCCGCCACAAACCCAUGGUCUGACCCCGAGUUCUGGGAGUAUGCUCUUUCCUCCCCUCUCGGCCGCCCACCCCUCCUCCGCACUUGGCACGAUGACAUGGGACGCUAUGUCGCACAUCUCGGCCUUUGGGUAGAGCGUGCCGCCAACCGCGCGGCCGAGCGGACCAUGACUGCAGAACGGUAUGGUAGCUGGGAAGAGGCACUGCGCGCGGUUCGUGUGCUGGAACUCGUGGGCACAGUCGUGCCGGACGGCGUGGGCGAGUUCACCUCUCUCCUCUCCUGUCUCGAGGUGAUCGUAUUUACAGCAGCCGGGGAAGAAGACGCAGCGGACAUUGCGCCGUUCGUCUACGCAUCGGCCCCUACUACUGUUGUGAGAUCCGCCGUGGACUGUGGGAGUCACCCGUCGCUGCCUUUGCCUGAAGUCGGGGAUGACUCCGACUGCCCUGUUAGGCUGGUGCUCCUGGUUGACUGCACACCGCGCGCGUGUUGGCGCCUGGGCGUCAGUGCGCUGCUUGGCAUCCCACUUGGAACACGCGUCCUAGUGAUUAUCUGUGCCCGUACAGGUGCCGGCGGGCAUGUCGACGAAGAAGAGGUGGGGCCACUCGGCCUCCUGACCGACAUGGGCGAGGUACUCGUCCACCACCUUCCGCACCUCCAGAUCACGUUCGUGGACGUCGCCCACGCAUAUCCGGGCAGCAUAGACGCCAAAACUGGAGAGCGACAAGCCCGCGCUGAGCUCCAUCGCCUCGUCGACAACGCGGAUCGAAACGCCAAGAUCGACGCAGCGUUCCCUAACUGGAGCAUGACGGACGCACACGCCGCCGUCGACGCCGUGCAAUUUGUCGCACUCGACGCGUACCGCAAGUCUAUUGGCGAGGGGCAAUGGGCAAAAGAGAUGGGUGAUUGAUACCCCGCCCCGACUCCACGUAUACUCGCGAUGACAUCCUCCGCUACGGCGCGUGAUGAUUGCGGCGGACCGGCUCCGCCUCAAACGAGUAUCUGGCAUCGGCCGCUGGGGAGGAAGGAUAGGGCGGAAGGAAUGUCGAUCAAGGCUCCGCUGGCGACUGGGCCUCGAUAUCGAGCAGCCCAUCAGUCUGACUCGUACGAUGGAGUCGAAGAUGGCGAUCGCAGUGGGUGGGGGAGGGGAGUGAUGGGGCGCAGCCUCCUAGUCUGUGCACCAACGUGCAGCGUGCAACACGACUGAAUCACAAUCACAACAUGAGAUCUUUGCCCAUCAGUGCGGCGUUUGGCCACACUGCGGCAAACAACGCCACCCGAUCAUUCUGCUUUGUCUCAUAUACAG